AUGGACUCUAUUCCAAGAAGAAUAGAGUAUAUGGAAGGAUCAGCCAAGCCGGGUAAUUCAUCCCUUCCCCUGCCAGUUCCGAUCCCCCGUCAAGCCAUCCAAAACGAACGACGAGGCGGGAAAAAGGCCCUGACACAAGUCAGACACAACAAACAUACCAACGCCGACAAUGCGGACAACAACGAUUUAGCCUACCUCUCCAAGACUCCACAACCUUCCUCCCUUGAACGCCUGCACAUCUUCCCGAGGGAGGAUAGGGAGCGUAAGGUCCAGUAUAAGGGAGAUGGAAAAGUAGAUCGUUGA